UAUUUGUUGGCGGCCGACCAGAGUGAUGUGAGAGGCGUGGUAUAAUUGUUAUCACACUGUCGACCUCAUAGACAACGGAUGGCUAGUCCAACCGAGACGUAAGGCGCGCAUACUCCUCGCUGGAGGCCAUGUUGGCUAGUCCCACCACUUCGGGUUCUUCUAGUACCCCUUUUUCAGUUAAAGACAUUCUCAACCUGUCAGAUCAAGGAGGAUUCGAUCCCCAGGCCUUUCUCCUACAGGCUCAAAACCUGGAGAAAGUGCUUUUUGAUGAAACGGACGGAUUAGGUUUACUUACCUCUACGUCACCUACUACACCAUUUAGGGACUUCGUUUCUCAGGGCUAUUCUACCACUCUUCAGUGUGGACAGCUUCCACCUCCUCAACCUCCGACUGCACCACCUUUGACAUCACCUCACGUCCAGAGUUUAUCCCAUUUGUGUCCACCUUUUCCUGGUAAUGGUGCUUCGAGAGACAACCAAUAUUACGGAGGUACCGUCGAACCUGCUCCUGCUUACUCACUUCCAAACUCGUCCAUCCAACAUCAAGCAGAGACAGCAGUCAAUGAGAAAAGUAAGUAAAGCACAAUCCACUUAGUCGAGAGCUCUCAAAACCAGAAAGAGGGUCGCGAGUAGAUCCGAAAAAAGAAAUCACUCGUAUAAUCUCAGCACGAGUCUACAAUUAAGAGGCGAAAGGUUAAAGCCGAGUGGGCCUUAAAUGUUGACGUAAUGAGUUUUUGUUAAAAGGUAAACGAUGAUGAUCUUGUCUGAGUAGUUCUACUUAAAGUGAUGAAAAUGUACUUUUAAUUUAAUUGAUAUUUUUUAAUAUAUUGUUGAAAUUAUUAUCUGCUCUUUCGACGUUUC